UCUCCGCCUGUCGCCGCCUCAGCCGGCCGCUGGCUCCGAGACGCGAGCAGAGGGCUGAGGGGAGGGGCAGGCGGUGCCCGGGAGGGAGGCACCGGGCCUCGGGCCAAGCCGACCCGGGUGAGUGGGGCCAGGCCGGAGGGAGCGGCGGCUGGACGGAGGUCACAAUUUGGGUUUGCAGCAAAAAUGCUUUCAGAACAGACAGCAGCCUUGGGGACAGGAUGGGAGUCAAUGAAUGUACAACUGGAUGGAACAGAGCCCCAAGUGGAAAGGGGAGGCCAGGAAGAGGGGCCAUGGAGAACAGCGCCAGGGCCACUGGAGCACCUUUGUUGUGACCUUGAAGAGGAGCCACAGUCCCUUCAGGAAAAGGCUCAGUCUGCUCCCUGGGUUCCUACAAUUCCUCAGGAGGGGAGCACUGGAGACUGGGAAAUGGCAGCUGCACUUCUUGCGGCCGGAUCACAGGGCCUGGUAACCAUCAAGGAUGUGUCACUGUGCUUUUCUCAGGAGGAGUGGCGGAGCCUGGACCCCUCUCAGACAGACUUUUAUGGAGAAUAUGUCAUGCAGGAAAACUGUGGGAUAGUAGUAUCUCUGAGAUUUCCAAUUCCCAAACUGGACAUGCUUUCUCAACUAGAAGGAGGAGAAGAACAAUGGGUCCCUGACUCCCAAGACUUAGAGGAGAGGGACAUUCUGAGGGUCACAUAUACAGGAGAUGGAAGUGAACACGAGGGAGAUACCCCUGAACUAGAAGCAGAACCUCCCAGAAUGUUAUCCAGUGUGUCUGAAGAUACUGUUCUGUGGAACCCAGAGCAGGAUGAGAGCUGGGAUUCCAUGCCCAGGGGUUCUAGAGGAAUGCUCCUGGGUCCCCCUUUUCUUCAGGAAGAUAGCUUCUCAAACCUUUUAUGUAGCACAGAGAUGGAUUCCCUGUUAAGACCCCACACAUGCCCCCAGUGUGGGAAACAGUUUGUGUGGGGCUCCCACCUUGCCAGGCAUCAGCAAACACACACUGGGGAGAGGCCCUAUAGCUGCCUCAAGUGUGAGAAGAGCUUUGGGCGAAGACAUCACCUAAUCAGGCACCAGAAAACCCACCUACAUGACAAACCCAGCAGGUGCUCUGAGUGUGGCAAGAAUUUCCGAUGCAACUCCCAUCUGGCCAGCCACCAGAGAGUGCAUGCAGAAGGUAAAUCCUGCAAGGGCCAAGAGGUUGGAGAGAGCCCUGGGGCAAGGAAACGGCAGCGUGCCCCACCAGUGCCAAAGUGUCAUGUGUGCACUGAAUGUGGGAAGAGCUUUGGCCGAAGGCACCACCUUGUGAGACACUGGCUGACCCAUACUGGGGAGAAGCCCUUCCAGUGCCCUCGCUGUGAGAAGAGCUUUGGCCGCAAACAUCACCUGGACAGGCACCUGCUGACCCACCAGGGACAAAGUCCCCGGAGCAGCUGGGACAGAGGGACAUCUGUCUUUUGAAAUCUGUUUCUGCCAUGCUAUGGUCAAGUCUAUCAGCUGGUGCUACCAGGAGUCACUGCCAGAGCUGCCCCUCUCCUAUACCCUAAUGGCCAGAAUCAUGAGCCCUGACUCCAUCCCUAGAAAGGUGAGGUCCCAGCAUUGGCCAGGGCAUUUCUCACCAGUUCUGUGAGACACCACAUAAAACCAGAGUCCUUUGGGCAAAACUUUUGGGAAACAGUGCAUACUACAUGGGCUGAUAUUCAGCCUGAACCCAUUCUCAAGGAUACAAUGGUACCAGCAGUUUAUGGCUGAAGUCCAUUCUGAUUGGUUGGAUUCUGUGCCAUACCAAUUGUUAAAUUUUGAGUAUCACCCUUAUAUACUGUAACUAUUAUAUUUUCUAUAUAUACACAGAAAGAUCAUUCUAUCAUAUUAAAGGCUCUGAAA